UCAGAGCAAAUGCAGAGAUGGGCUCUUCUGGGGCUGGCUGCAGCAGAAAUAGCGACUGUCCCAAAUGGUCAGGUCUUUUAGUGCCCWGUGUCCUGCUGUCAGUCUCUUUCCUCCCCCAGGUGCGAGCCACGCAUCCCGACUGCGCUGUCGUUUCCUAUUUCCAAGAGCGAGAGGCCAAAUGCCUGCAGCUUAUCAGGAGCGAGAGCCGGARUGCAGCUUUGCCGGAGCACCCUGGGCUGCAAGGCUGCCUGACAGAGUGGGAUGGAGUGAGCUGCUGGUUGGCUGUGUCUGUUGGCCAGUCCCAAGCUGUUGCCUGCCCUGACAUCCACCACGUCUUCAAGAAGUCAAAAGCUCUGAUCCAAAGGAACUGCACAGAGUCAGGAUGGAGCUUUCCCAGCCCUUCCUACCACAACGCCUGUGAACUGGAGGUCAUUGGCAGCAGUAAUGACACAGAGGCCAAGGCAAACUACUUUGUCACCAUGAAGGCACUUUACACCUGUGGCUACUCCACAUCCCUCGCAGCCCUGUUCCUGGCUAUUGGUAUCUUCUCAUGCUUCAGGAAGCUACAUUGCACCAGGAACUCCAUUCACAUUCACUUCUUCACCUCCUUCAUAUUGCGUGGGGCUGCUGUGUUCAUCAAAGAUUCCCUCCUCUUCUCAGAUGAGUCCAUCGACCACUGCACAAUGUCAACCGUGAACUGCAAAGCAGUCAUUGCUGUCUUCCACUACUCUGUUCUGGCCAACUUCUACUGGCUGCUGGUGGAGGGAAUGUACCUGCAGACCCUGUUGCUGCUCACCUUCACCUCUGACAAGAUGUACAUCUGGUGGUAUAUCSUCAUUGGCUGGGGUGUCCCGAUGCUGACAGUGUGCGUGUGGGUCAUCACGAGGCUGCAGUAUGACAACCAUGGGUGCUGGGAUGACUACACCAGCCUGUACUGGUGGGUGAUUAAGGCUCCCAUCCUCCUGGCCAUAUUUGUGAACUUCCUCAUCUUCCUCAAUGUCAUCAGGAUGCUAGCGCAGAAGAUUUGUUCUCCAGACAUCAGCCAAAACUACAAGCAGCAGUACAUGCGGCUCACCAAGUCCACGCUGCUCCUCAUCCCUCUCUUUGGGGUGCACUACAUGGUGUUUGCGCUCUUCCCUGAACACAUCAGUGUGGACGCCCGGCUGUACUUUGAGCUGGUCCUUGGCUCCUACCAGGGCUUCCUAGUGGCUCUGCUCUACUGUUUCCUCAACGCAGAGGUCCAGGCUGAGAUCAAGAGGAACUGGGGCAAGUGGCAGUCGUCCAUGGAGAGCAACAUCUUCAACCUGGUGACGCAGGAUUUCACAGCAUGAAGGAGGCAACUGGUAGGAAAUGACCCCCUAAGGACGUGGCAGUGCAGCUCUGCAGCUGCAGCCCUGCAGCCAGAAAGGCAAUAA